AUGGAAGAGGCAGUACAUUUUGUCCAGGAGGUAGUGGAAGAAGAUGGUCCUUUUGACUGUGUGAUUGGGUUUAGUCAGGGUGCUUCCGUUGCUGCUGCGUAUAUAGCCCACUGCGAGAAAGAUCCAACGGUUCUUGAUCUUCCUUUCCGAAUGGCCGUCUUCAUUUGCGCUGCCUUGAUCCCCCCAGAACUUGCAGCCAAGUCUGAAUUGGCGAAGUCUAUCCAAUCUUUCGGGAAUAUAAGUGUCCCAACAGUGAGCAUCGUGGGACAAAGGGACCUGUGCUAUAACCAGAGCGUUGCGUUGGCGACGACUUGUAAGAACACCACAUCGCAGCUCGUCUUUUUCGAUGGUGGCCAUCAUGUACCGAAAGACUCUGGGAACCUGAAGAGGUUGGCGUUGGUGCUGGAGAGAAUGUCUAGGAUAUCGCAUGCGAGGCAUUGA